UUGCCCUGGUUACGCUGAGGCACGUGUGCAGUCCCGGAAGCGGCUCCGGGAAGCUGCCUAGCUCGCGCAGCCGGAGGAAGCGCAGCCGGGUCCGCUCGGGUCGGGUCCGGCUGGGCCAUGGAGCCGUUACCUGAGCCCGCGUCCCGGCCCCGGCCCGGGCCCAGGGCCCGCUGUCUUCUGCUUCUCCCCUUGCUAUUGCUGCUGCUGCUACUUCUGGCGGCCCCGGAACUGGGCCCGAGGCAGGCCCGAGCAGAGGAGACCGACUGGGUUCGACUGCCCAGCAAAUGCGAAGUGUGUAAAUACGUCGCAGUGGAGCUGAAGUCAGCCUUUGAGGAAACUGGCAAGACCAAGGAAGUGAUUGACAUGGGCUAUGGCAUCCUGGACCGGAAGACCUCAGGAGUCAAAUACACCAAGUCGGACUUACGGUUAAUCGAAGUCACUGAGACCAUUUGCAAGCGGCUCCUGGACUACAGCCUACACAAGGAGAGGACCGGCAGCAACCGAUUUGCCAAGGGCAUGUCGGAGACCUUUGAGACGCUACACAACCUGGUGCACAAAGGGGUCAAGGUAGUGAUGGACAUCCCCUACGAGCUGUGGAACGAGACCUCUGCAGAGGUGGCUGACCUCAAGAAGCAGUGCGACGUGCUGGUGGAGGAGUUUGAGGAGGUGAUCGAGGACUGGUACAGGAACCACCAGGAAGAGGACCUGACUCAGUUCCUCUGUGCCAAUCACGUGCUGAAGGGCAAGGAUACCAGCUGCCUGGCAGAGCGGUGGUCUGGCAAGAAGGGGGACACAGCCGCCCUGGGGGGGAAGAAAUCCAAGAAGAAGAGUGGCAGGACCAAGGCCUCGGGUGGCAGCAGCGGUGGCAGCAAACAGAGGAAGGAGCUGGGUGGCCUCGAGGGAGACCCCAGCCCCGAGGAGGACGAGGGCAUCCAGAAGGCUUCCCCCCUCACCCGCGGCGCCCCCGAGGAGCUCUGAGCCUAACUCCGCUCUCCUGCUGACCCAGAGCCCUGACCUGGGAGCUGGAGGAUCUGGGCCCCGGCUCUGGCAGACAGCGGCACCGGGCUUCAGCUGUGCCUGCCUGGGCUGCGCCUCUUCUGCCGCAGACAGACUCCAGCCCUGGAAGAACUCAGAUCAGCUGCGGGCAGCCCAGGCCGGCCUUUUCCCUCUGCCCAGCGUUCCUCUCCUGACCCAGACUUCAGGCGGGCUCUGCGCUCUGAGGACUGCCCAGGACUCCAGUGUGAACUCGGACAGGCAGGUGUCGAGCUGGGCCCCAGGACUGGGGCUCCAGAGCCCCGCACCCCCUCGCUUCUCCGGCACUGACACCGGGAAGCAAGACUGAGGCCCCAGCUCCUCCUCUCUGCACCCACCCCUCCUGUGGACACCUUGCACUCUGCCCAGCCCUCCCCAGGGCUCACAGAGUAAAAACCUUUCGGCCUUU